CGGGGAGCUGCACGACUACGACUACUUCCGUCAGCAGAAGAUGGACACGCUGGAAGCCUCCCUGUCGGCCAUCUCGCUGUUGGGCGAGCACCUGCUGGAGACGGUGUCUGACCCAGCCGCGCUGACGCCGGACCAGGUCCAGCGGGCCGUCUCCGACUUCCUCGGGAUGUCUCUGUGGGCCAACAAGAACGACCUGUCCAUCACGUCGGGCGAGCACGUCUCGCAGGAGAUGUCCCCGCUCCUGCAGCUGGUGGAGCUCAACCGAUUUGUGCUAAUCAACGACAGUGCACGUGUGUUCGAGCAGCUGCAGCUGCUGAGGAGCAGGGAGCACGUCCGUAUCGACAUCGUAAUGGACAACGCUGGCUUCGAGCUGUUCUCCGACCUGUGUCUGGCGGACUUGCUAGUCUCGCUGAACAUCGCCCAAAGCAUGAUUUUCCACAUCAAAGCCAUCCCUUGGUAUGUGUCGGACACCACGCAAGCGGACGUGCAACGCAUGCUGCAGCGCAUGCUGGCGGCCGAUGACAAAGCCGCGCUUCCGCGGCUGGCCAAGAGAUGGCAGGACUACAUCGACUCCGGCCUCUGGCGGUUCGAGGCCGAUCCGUUCUGGACGACGCCUCUCCCGUUUAGUCGCAUGGCGAGCGAGGCCUCAGGACUGUACACGCACCUCCAGGCCGCCGACCUCAUCAUCUUCAAGGGUGACCUCAACUACCGCAAGCUUCUGGGCGACCGCAACUGGCCGCACGCCACGCGCUUCUGCGUGUCGCUGGAGGGCUUCCACCCAGCCCCGCUGGUGGCGCUGCGCACGCUCAAGGCGGACCUGGUGUCUGGCCUGACGGCCGAGCGCGAGGCGCUGACCGCCGACGACCCACGCUGGAUGAUCUCCGGCGAGUGGGCGCUCGUGCAGCUGUGCGAGUGCGCCGACACGCCUCGCCGUGCCGACGAGCUGUGACCGGUGCGGGUCCACAGUGAAGAUACGCCGUGGGACGCGGUAGACUUGGAGUUGCCGAGGUGUUGCCUGAACGGGUUUUGUACGGCGCCGUCGCCUUUGAACAGUGUGGGUGGUGUUGCGCUGCUCUAAUGAACCGGCUCGUGGGCGCCUGGAACAGCAGAUUGUUACUCGUCAUUGUGUCGCUUUUGUCGCGUGUUCGCCCGCUGUUCGAAUCCUAGCACUCGCGUUCAGUUUUUAUGUGCACGGCUGGGAGCUGCGUAGAAGGAAUCCUUGGACUGCACGUUUCGUGCUCUUACCUGCUCAGGGCAAAUGACACACGCGAUAUCUUAGUACGGUGGCUAACGUGUUUGGCGACAUGUCGCCUUCGAGACGGCCGCCUGUCGAUUCAGUGGCGUUGGUUCGGCGAGUGUGCGCGCUUAGGUUGUUUUUUACUCGGUGGGAUAAGUGGCGUGAUGUUUGUGGCCCUGAUCCGCCAUUACAGGCGCAAUAGAAUAUAUGCUUGUUUGCCAAGUGCCAGCUUGCCAGCUCGUCAUAGUUGCUGUCUCAUUCUGAAUUAUAUCCCCCCCCAAGUGUAAUAUAUACUGAAGUCGAA